AUGGACUUCCAGGUGGCUGUGAAUGUGCCCUUCCUUCAAGGGGUGGCGCUAAACUCCCAUGAGCUGCUGACCUGGCUCAAUAAAACUUUACAGACAGACUACACCAAAGUGGAGCAGGUGUGCUCAGGUAAGUGAGAAUGCAGACUGUAUUCUUUCGGUGUUUCUCUGAUCCAGAGAAAACACCACAAAAAAAGAUGCUUCUUUAACAGAAACCCCACCUUUAACUCUUCUGUUCGUGUUUGUCUGGUUUCCAGGUGCAGCCUUUUGCCAGCUGAUGGACUGGUGUUUUCCCGGGUCUCUGGAUCUCUCCAAGGUCCGCUUCCAGAGUGACGACAUUUCAGACUCUCGUCUCAAUUUAGGAUUACUCAAGGCUGCGUGCAAACAUGCCGGAGUGAUCUCAGUGAGUGUUGUUAACCAAGAGGUGGAGGACUUGAAAACCAGAGUCUUACCUGUUAAAAUCAUUAAAGGAUUACAGAACUGAAUGUGUCCCUGUUUAGAGGCUGAUAAUCAACAAGACACUGUCGAAUAGAAAAGGAUAUUAUCCUAUGAGAAAGUUAAAUAAAUAACAACUGGAUGCAGUUUGAAUGUUCAGCUGUGAAAACAACAAAAACUAGGACAUCCUAUAUUAUUUAAAACUUCUGUAGGAGACUUCAGCCCUCUUUUUUUCUCUCUCUCCAGCACGUCAACAUCGAGACGCUGACAGAGAAGAACCCCCUCGUUGGUCUGGCGUUCAUUCACUGGUUUAAGCAGCUCUUUGAGAAGAAACAAGGGAGCAGGGAGUACGAUCCGGUGAAGGCCAGAGGUGGACAGAGGAUGCUUCCUGUUAACUCAGGUGGGAGCAGUCAGUGUGUUUCUGUGCAUUAAUCCCACCGUAGUCAUGAGUGUAUCCGGAGAAAAACGUUUUUUCUUUUGUUUCAAAGUGAGAUUUUGAGCAUUUUUGCCUUUUUAGGAGAAAAUGUGUAUUUGAGGUAGAAGGGGAAAGAUUCACUGUGUUGUUUUCUGUAACUAAAGGACAAAAACAAAACAAAAUAAUUCUAAUGUCUGAAAAAAAUGGCUGCAUCAAAUCUUUUCUUUGAUCCGUAUUUUCAGGUGGUGACUCCUCCAAAACCCCCGACCAGACCUCAGUGAUCGCCGUAAAGAUCGGACAAAACAGCCCGACAAAGAAAGUGCAAAGCAAAGAAAAAGCUCAGAGGGAUGUAAAGGAGAACGGCGGUGUGAUUGUGUUGACGUCAGACGAAGACGACAUCAUAGACGUGACCACAGAGCAGGAAACAGGGACGAGUUUAAAGGAUGUUUGUGGUCAAACGAAGGAGAUGACGCCGGGAAACCUCAGGACUCGUCUGAACUGUAAUGACUCUCUGCUGCGCUUCAUCAGGAGAUACUGCGAUGAUUCAGACACCAAAGACACUCAACCUGCGAUCUUGAGUCCCACACACCCCGCCGACAUCAUCCAGGCCUCUUGUCAGACGCCGUACUGCCUCUACUUGUACACGGGGGUGGAUUUAGGUGAAGGACAGACCACGAGCGUCGUCCUGGUCGGUUACUUUGACAAGAGCUUAGGGGUCAGCGCUGUAAGACCGCUGCUCACCAUGCAGAUGAGCGUCGACACCCCGGCGAGCACGGACAUCAGCUCAGUCAGAAACUCAGGGAUCGAGAAUCCGGACGCACGCCUUCUGAUUGACAGGUUAAAGAAAUCCGGCCUUCGCUCUUCCAACCUCGCCAUGUUCUACUGCAGCGCUCCAAAUCCAGACCUCAGUCAGGGGUUGGUGUCGGUGCUCCAGGCCGUCAACCACAAGUGUCUGUCACUCUGCGGUCUCUCAGGGAUGGCAGAGAGAGCCUGCCAGGCAGCGCUCACGGCUUCUUUUCAGGACGUGGUCGACCUGAUCAAAAACAUUCAUCACCAUUACUCCACCUACUCGUCUGGAAACAAGACUCUCAAACGUCUCUUUGCUAACUCAGGGUCUUAUGACCCCUCCAGUCAGAUCUCUGAGCAGUUCUUGUUCAUGGUUCUCUCUGUGCAGAGGAUGGUAGAAGCCUGGAGGGCUUUGGUGGCGUAUUUCAAGUCAGUGAAGUCGACAUACAGAGCUCUGCAGAUCAAAACACAGCUCAUGGAUCAUAAAGUCAAGCUGCACUUUCUGUUUCUUUCACACGCCCUGGAGCCUCUUCGAGUUCUGCGGGAAUUUCAGCAGCAAGACUCUGCGGAUGUGGCCGCGCAGCUGAAGAUGGCCGCGAUGCUCGUUCACAGCUACGCAUCCAGGAUUCUCGUCCCCUCGGUGAGAGCGAGCUUCGUCAAGAGUCGAGAGCUGACGAUCCUCCGCGAUGACAGGAACAUCCUCGCUGAGUCGCAGCUUGACAUCGGCCCCGCUCGAGACUUCCUGUGGGCCACUGCUGUGGUGGAUCUGGGUGAACAGGAGAGGAGCGACUUCUUGGGUCACGCAGUAACUUUCUAUAAAGUAACACUGGAGAGUUUGGCCGGGAGUCUUCCUAAGCAGCUCGGAGACGAGGCACUGAGGAAUAUUAGUGUCAUACUGAAACACCCAGAGGACCCGAAGGUAAGUUUUCUUAGAUUAAAGACUUGUAAAUGAGGAGUUAAGAUUUAACAUUGUGCCUGUUUUAGGAACAUUUAGGGGGUGUAUAAAACACGAAACAGUCGUGUGAUAAUUAACCUAUAUUGCACUGUAAUUAACCUCUAAAAAGUGUUCUAAAAGUCUGUAUCUGAAGUUAAAUGUCGAUCCGUCCUGCAGUCCCGUCUUGAAAACAAAUCACACAAGUAUAAAACUGUUGUGUAAGAGUGAGACGACAUUUAACUCUUCAAACUCCAGACGCUGAUCUCCUGUUUCCAAACAUUUCCAUCCUGUCGUUAGAAGAAGAGGUGAACACGCUCCUCUCCCGACUGUUUUGUUUCUUGUCUGAAAUGUUUUAAAAACAAUUCUUCGUUUUUAACCUCUUAGUCUGUGUUUUCCCUCCAGGAUUGCAAAUUUCCAAACUCCUUACUGCCAGAUCUUGGGUUUGAAGAAGACCAGCUGCUGAUGAAGGAUUACGUCCGGGUCAUGGCGACGUUACGGAAGAACCGGCGGAGUGGUAUAAAAGAAGGUCAAACAUGGCCGAAGGUAAACAGAAAACAGAUGGUUUGAUGUGGUUUUAGUUUCUCUGUGAACGAGUAUUUUCAGUUCUGCAGAAUCAAACUUCCCCGUCUUCUCCGUACAGAUCUUACAGCGCAUCGAUCCGUCCUUCACGCUGCACAGACUCAUCCUGACCCUCCUCGCCAUGCCCAGCUCUCUUCAGAGGAACAAAGUGUUUGAUAAGGUGAGAGAAAAACCCGCCGCUGUUCAGGAUCUGUGCCGUUUCAGUCGAUUGUGACGAUAGAAACUGUUCAAGACACACAGCUUUCAGUCCAAGUUCUGCUUUUUGUGGAAUAAUUCACCGUUUGUUUGCUUUGGUCUGAAGGUCAGGGCCCACGAUCCCCUCAAAGUCUUACCUGAAUCGAGCAGGAGUGCAGGAACACGCCGCGUGCGCAAAAGGACUCCCAGUCACGCUGGCCUUGGUGGCGUUGAGGAGACUUCAUCAGAGGAGGAGGAUAAACCCAAAACCACUCUGCAGAUCCCUCUCCAACAUCACAACACCAUGGAGGACUCGGACUACACCGACAACUCCUCCGGUCAGACCGCUGACUGCUCUCUGUAUUCUGUGUUUUGAUGCUCACAGUGUUAAUAAAUGUGUUUUUCUUUAAUCUUCAGACGUGGUCGAAGUCACAGAAGCCUCCAGACUGUGUCCCAAAAUCCAAGUGGUCGACGCAGAGCGUAAGAAAAGUGUUUUUAAUCUAGUUUCACAAAAACAGAAAGACUGUUGUUCAUAUAAGAGACAUUAGAAUUGAUUAAUUUCUAAUAAAAUCAGUUUUAAUGUCACACACUUUACCUGAAUCUGUGAGAGCACUUUAUUUAGUCCUUAAAUGUUCUUUUUUACAGAAGGUUUACCAGCAGAGACUGUUUAUGAAGUGGGUGACGAUGAAGUGGAUGACGACAACGACGAUGACAACGACGACGAAGAUGCCGGCGGCGACAUGGUUCCAGUGAGUGAUGACGACGACCACAAGGUUUCAAAAAGCCUCCCGUCUGGAUCGACCUAUGAGCAGGUAAAAGAUUUGACCUUCUGACCUCUGAGUGUCCCGUUUGUCCUGAAGAAUAUCGAAUAAGAAUGAAACUCUAGUCCAGUUUCAGAACCUCCUCUGGUUGAGUUCAGGUGUGUCUGUGUUACUCAGGGGGAGCUGGUCUGGGCCGCUGCAGACGGUUUUGCUUCCUGGCCGGCCGUCGUCUCCUCCACAGAGAGCGGACAGCCAGGAAAGAGGACAGUUUGGUGGUAUGGACAGAAUAUGUCCUCUCAGGUGAGUCCGAGUUAAAGUCCAGGAAGAUGGAAGUGAAUCUUUAGUUUCACUGUCCUGUAUCAUCUCCACACUCACACACGAGUUUCCCGAUAUCUCCAGAGAACAGAGGCUCAGUUUUUUAGAUGUCCUGAAAAAGAGUGAUGGGUUACUAACUGUGGGAUGUAUAAACAUCUCUGCGAUGAAAAAUGUCUCUCUUUGUUCUCUGUCUCUCCGCUCUGAUGUCUCGUCUCUGAUUCCAGGUCAGUGUGAAAGACCUGAAACCGUUCGCCGCCUUCGCCAAGCUCUUCUGCACCAACUCCUUCGCCGUCUUUCUCACCUACAGAGAGGCCAUCUUUGUGUCUCUGCAGGUCUGUGAGUCUCUCAGAGUGUCUCUCAUCUGUUUGUUCCUCCUCCUCCUCCUCCUUCUCCUCCUUAUUUUUCUGUGUUUGUGUCUGAAGGAGGCGGCUCUGCGCUGUAAGAAACAGUUUCCUGCACAUCUCACCGACAAAGACGAACAGCUGAAACAGAUGUUAGACUGGGCCUUUGGAGGAUUUCUACCUACGGGUCCAGAUGGAUUCAAACCGACGGGGGACCCAAACGGUAUAAAUUAAAAUUCUUUAUAUUUCCUUGUUCAGUUAAGAACGCUGAACAAUAUCUCCAGGUUUAGGAACAACAUCUGCUGCCAUCCAGAUGUUACAGGUUUCACAGGUAAGUUUUACCGUAACAAACGAUUUUCAGCUCAGCGCCUCAGUAAGAUCUGAGCAUGAAUCCGAUCGCUUUAUUGAUCUUUAUGAGCCGAUCAGAGGCAGACGGGUGUGAUGAUUUGAUUCGCCACGAAAAACUACAGGAUGUCACAAAUGACGUUUCUGCGCUCCCGACUUUCCAAGUAGAAAAGGACAACUGGACUUACUUGAGACGUUUCAACGAAGAAUCAGAAUUCAUAGAUGCUGCAUCCUCAGUUUUAAAGAAUAUGUGUGUCUUUGUUUCAUCUCUAGAUGCUGUCAACAACCCUCUUCAAAGACCAACGGUGAAGAUGACACCGAUCCUGAAAGCAAACGCUCCUCCUCACCUCUCCUCCCCUUCUGAUUCAUCGAUCAGCAGUCCGACCUCCGAGCCAAAAGACUCCUCCACAUACAGGAACAGUAAAACAGCCGGCGAGGAGGAGUUCGAUUCAGCGGGAAGAUUCUCCAAAGGAGGCGCGAAACCCCGAGGAGGGAUGGAGACGGGGAGACAAGGAAGAGAGGGAGACAGGGAUGAGUUUGGAGGGGGGUCGGGGAGAGGGAGAGGAAGAGGAGGCUGGAGAGGAGGGAAGGUCCAACAGAAGAAGAUCAACCCGUUUGAUGUGUUUGAUACGGACGUGUCUCCAGACUUUGUGCCUGUGACUAAGAGGAGGACCGUCACCAAGACUUAUAACAAAGCAGAGCAGCCGAGCGGCGUUUACACCCAACCCGACCAGGACGUCCGAGGUAGAUUCUUCCUCUUUAAAAAAUAUAAACUAAAGCGUCACCUGUGGGUUAGUUUCAGAGUAUUUACACACCACAAGAUGGCGCUGAAGGAUAAAAGUCUGAAAUUUAGUCACAUCGUUAGAUUUUAUACAGAUGAAUACAGAGCAGCUCUUUUAAGAGACCAAGAUACAAAGGAAACGCGUCACAAACACCCUCCCUGUCUACCGCAGGAUAUUCCUGUUACUGUGUUUAAAUGACAAAUUCUGGAGAUAAAACAAAAAACAAGUCAGUGCUGGAGUUCAGGUUUAGUAGAUCCUGAGAUUUAUAAGACGCUGAGAAAUAAAAAGUAAAAAGAAAAUAAGUUGAAUGAGCUUCUGUAUGUUAAGAGAAAUACAAAUGUAGACACGUUAAACAGUAUGAUUAUAAAACAUCACAGAUAAAUAUUUCAAAAGGAAAAGAACUUGAAGAGGAGAGCGCUGAUUAAAAUGACGAGAGUUUCUGAAUGUGGUCCAGACAAGGUCCACAAACCUUCUUGAAUUUUUCGUCAUUACCUGUGAUCGAGUAACGAAUCUCCUCGAGGUCUAAACAUCGUCAGAUUUUUAAUACCUUUGUAAACACAGAUGUUAGUGAUAAGUUUGCUAACGCUGCUCCUUUCUCUCCUUACAGAGGAGGUCAUCCGUGAAAUUCUGGCCAAGAGUCUGAACAUUGAGGGUGAGCGCUCGGCUGUAAAGUUUUGGAGUUUGUAUUUCCUGUUAUUGUGCCACAUCAUCAGAUCCGUCAUGACUCCAGAUCAGUCCCUCGGUCAUCUCUUCCUCAGUCGUGUCUCCGUCUGUUUCGUGUUUCUGCAGAGUUCUGUUUGUGCUGUGCCACCAAAGACAUCGACACUCUCCACCCGCUCUUUAAAGGCGGCCUGUGCACCAAGUGUAAAGUAAGGAAUCAUCCAGAAGUGUUGGUCUCUCAGUUAGCAGCAGAUGAACUGAAAUAGUGUCUGUGCUCCUGCAGGACAACUUGACAGAAACUCUGUACCGCUACGACGACGACGGUUAUCAGUCCUACUGCACCAUCUGCUGCUACGGCCUAGAGGUCAUCCUGUGUGGAAACGACAGCUGCAGCAGGUUCGUGUAACGUCACAUACUCGAACCCUGCUGUCUGAAAAUGAACGGAGUGUUUCUCUUCCUUUAAUCAUCGCUCUCUCUCCUUUUCCUCCGCUCGCAGGUCUUACUGCGAGGACUGUCUGGACAUCCUCGUCGGUCUGGGGACGUUUGACGCGCUGAAGGAGAAGGACCCGUGGAUUUGUUACCUGUGUCAGCCUCACAGACCUCAUGGAGCUCUCAUCCCCAGAGAGGACUGGAGCGUCCGUGUGCAGGAGUUAUUCGCCAACAACAGCGCCAUGGAGUUUGUGAGUAACCAGCAGAUACUCUCAGGUUCAGUUUGGGUAAAUGUGAUUCGCUCAAUCUGUAUUUUGUCAGCUUUCAGUUAUUUAUCUUUUUAAUUAAAACCUGACAAACUUCAGGACAAACAUGAUCUGUUAGAGGUCAAUUUUAAUGGAAGCUGAUAGCAAACCUGCAUCCAUGUCCUUUUGGAGUUUCCUGUAGUUUUCACCUUUUCUUCGGUAUCUUGGUGUAAUUCUGUUCAGAUAGAAAGUGGAAUCUUUGUGUCCGCUUAAAGCAGCACAGGUACGAAACAUUCGAGCUGACAAAUCAGCAGGUUAUCUCACAGUCAGGUGAUCAAUGAAUCAACCAAUCACUUUAAACUUGUUUUUACAGCAUCGAUCAUCAGUUUUCCCUCAGUCUCACUGUUUUAUGACCUUUUAUUUUGUAGGAGCCUCACCGCGUUUACCCGUCUAUUCCUGCCAGCCUGCGCAGACCAAUCAGAGUCCUCUCACUGUUUGAUGGCAUAGCAACAGGUGAGUUCACCGACCAGCUUCUCCACUGACCAAAGAGAGGUUCUGUUUUCCAAAGCCUCCCUUCUCUGUACCCGACUCCUUCUGCGUGUCAAAGCGUCUCUGCUGUUUCUUUUCCAGGUUACCUGGUGUUGAAGGAUCUGGGCUUUAAAGUCGAGACGUACGUCGCCUCUGAGGUCUGCGAGGAUUCGUUAGCGGUGGCAGCGGUCAACCAUGACGGGAAGAUCAUGCACGUUGGAGACGCUCGAUUUAUCACAGAGCAGCACGUGCGUUCAGCUGACCUGAUAACCCGCCUGAUGACUCUCUGUAGAAUCUCUGUUUGAGUUUGAAGUCUCUCUUUUCUUCUCCGUCCAGCUGAAGCAGUGGGGUCCGUUUGAUUUGCUGAUCGGUGGAAGCCCCUGUAACGACCUGUCCAUCGUCAACCCGUACAGAAAAGGCCUCUAUGGUGAGUAGCUUUAGAGUCCAGGUGCUCCACUCCAGUAACUGUGAUGAUAAUCAGCAGGUUUAAGUCCGAACGGUUUCAUUCCUCGUAGAAAGGAGCCAGUUCUUCCUGUUUAGAAGAAUAGAAAAAAAAACAGUUUUAAAGAGGAACAGGACUCGACUUUUAACUGUAAUUCUCUCCUCUCUCCUGCAGAGGGCACCGGCAGGCUGUUCUUUGAGUUCUACCGCAUCCUUCAUCUGCUGAAGCCCAAAGAGGAGGACCCCAGGCCGUUCUUCUGGCUGUUUGAGAACGUGGUCUUCAUGAACAAUCACGACAAAGUCAACAUCUGCCGCUUCCUCGAGGUUCUUGGCUCUGACCCGACCCGACCCUCUCCACCUGUGUCUCUUCCUCUUCCCUUUUAACCUGCUCUGUCUUUGCUUCGUCAGUGUAACCCGGUGCUGGUGGAUGCAGUCAGCGUCAGUCCUGCACACAGAGCUCGCUGCUUCUGGGGAAACAUCCCGGGAAUGAGCAGGUAAGAUCUUUAAUCAUUCUCGAAAAACAAGAUCAGAAUAAUCCAAACCAAACGAUUUAUCUGUGGAGACCAAACACUUUAUCAUCUGUGAUGUUUACUUGUUUUUUACGCUCUUUUGUUUCGCUCUUUCUUCAUCAUGACCUUUUUUAACCUUGAGAAAUGGUCGCUUAUAUUUCGCAGACCCAUCGCCGCCUCUCAGAACGACAAGCUGACUCUGCAGGAGUGUUUGGAGACCGGGAGAGAAGCCAGGGUGAGUGAGCGAACCCACAGGAUUUAGUUUAGAGGAUUUUCAGACCCUCCUCUUAAACUUUGUGGAUUUUCCUUCAGGUCACUAAAGUGAGGACGAUCACCACCAACAGAAACUCUCUGAAGCAGGGCAAAGACGUCUCUCUGCUGCCUGUCCUCUACAACGGCAAAGAAGACAACCUCUGGAUCACUGAGCUGGAGAAGUGCGUGUUUUCAUCCGUCUGUUUUUUGCCCUUUCUACAAACUCGUAUUUAUCCUCUGUGCUUCUUUUCUCUCGUCUUCAUCACCAGAAUCUUCGGUUUCCCCAAACAUUACACGGAUGUGAAGGACAUGAACCGGCAGCUGAGACAGAAGGUGUUAGGGAAGGCGUGGAGUGUCCCCGUCAUCCGCCACCUCUUCGCUCCUCUGAAGGACUAUUUCUCGUGUGAGGAGCUGCCUCCUUUGACCAGCUCCACCUCCUCCACCUCCUCCACCUCUCCGUCCUCUCCUGCCUCGCCAGAACUGCAGAUAAGAUAGAGGAGGGCGGCUGUUUUCUGUCGAGAAUCAGCAGCAGUUCUAUGAGGAGAAGAUCUGCAGGUCUCAUCAGAGUGUGACGUCACCGUGGAGAGGAAAACACACACAUGCACAAACUGAGACACGCACACACACACAUCACCCUGUACCUGCAGUUCACAUCGAUCCUCUCUCACCUGGGCUGGUCCCAACAUCACGCCUCUGACAUAUAAAGGGAUGGUGUUAUGGUGGGUUUGAACCUAAAUUAUUUUUAGGCCGGAGUAUCCCUUUUAAAGGCGAGGCGUAAAUAUCACUUCUUAAAUCUGCGGUGUAAAAAGGACUGAUGUCUGUGUGUCUCAAUAUUUCCAAACCCUCAGUAUUUGUUUCUGCUGCUACUGACCAACAACCAGCUGCUAAAUCGAGUUUAAAGGCCGAGUCAAAAGAGGAAAGUGUUCGGACCUUUAUGGUCUGAGGAAACGUUUCAGUUUCAUACUCUGAAAAGUAAAGUGUGUUGUUGUCGGCUGAGGUUACAUCGACUUCACCUGCUUUCCUGCCCAGUCCAAAAAACACAUCAACUUCAUUUUAAUACUUAUCAUGAAUAUUAACUUCAUUAUUACAGGUCACACCUUUUUUACAUUGUCGUCUAACCAGAUUUUGACUUUUAUUCAUCAUGGGGUGCGUUAAAUUGUACUUUGUUGUUGUUAUACUGGUGCUGUAUCUUUGUGUGUGUGUGUGUGUGUGUGUGUGUGUGUGUGUGUGUGUGUGUGUGUGUGUGUGUGUGUGUGUGUGUGUGUGUGCGCGCACUGACACUUUGUUUAAACUGUGAAAACUGUUCCGGACUCAAACCCUUCAUGAGUCUAUAUGCUGCUGUGGUGAUACAGCUUUGAAGACACACUUUCCCUGUAUCUGAGUGAAAGUGGACGUAAAAGAAGCAAAAACCCGACGGGUCAUUUUCGACGCGGUGCUGACUGUUUUGUGUCUUUACAUGAAACAUCUGGUCCAAAGAUAACUUCACUUUGUUUCUGAAGGAAGUGUUAAACUGAUACUCUGCUGCCUUCUCAACUCGACCAUUUAAACUCGGUUUGUACUGAGAGAGUGAAUAAUUUUUUUACCUUGUUUUUUUAAGUGUUUGUAAAAUAUUUGUGCUGAAAGAAAAUCAUGUCAAAGAUUCCUUCCUGUUCUGACUGAUUAUUGUUUCUAAAAUUGGUUUGAAGUGUGGCUGUUCAGUAUUUUUGUACGAAAACACUCUGAGGUUUGAACAAGUCUUUACCGUCUUCUAAAAAAAGAGGGAAAUGUCGUUUUUCUACAUGGAUAAAUAUUUGAGUGUACACUUGCUGACUGUGCUUG